GACUAGCUUCCACGAGAGAAUCUUUACAUUAGAAUAAUUGUUCAAUCUUCCAGCUAAGGUUCCAGAAGUUGUUGACGAUUAGAAAGGAAAUAAUUUUUCUUUUUUGAAAUAAGUAGUUAAAAAGGAAGCAAAUCGUUGCACAAAAAAAAACAGGAAACAAAUCAAAAGAAAUCUUGUUGUUCAAGAACACAAGGUUUGACCACAGGAACACGGUCUUUACGUAUGAGAUGACGAGAUGUGUGUAUAUAUAAACACAUCAAAGAAAACCAGAGGCAAUCAGCCAAUCACAAAACAAACUUGAAAUCAAUUUUCAGUUUUUACUCCCAUACAAAAACCAAAUUGUUUCUGAUUGAAAGCUUUUUUAAAUAGGAAAAUAUAAAAAUGAACGGAACAUCGUGGGCUGACCAGUGGGACAACUCUGACAAAGGAGGACGCAUAGGGGGCAGUGCCGUUAGCGGAGGUGGAGCUGCUUCUAACUCGAAAACGGCUAAGUACAAGCAGAAACUGGGACAAGGGCUAGACAAGACCAAAGCUGUAGCUUCUUCUGGUUUUAAGAAGCUAAAGACAAGCUCUGCCAUUGGUUUCAGUUGGGUUAAGGCCAAGUAUCACAAAAUCACAAACAAACAUUAAACAUCCAAAAAGAAAAAAAACAUUAAACAUC